CGAUCCUCUCUGCCGGAGCGCGGGGCCCAAGCUUGCCCUGUGACCAUUCGGCCAUCACCAGCGGCAAGGAGAGAAGGGGUCGGCUGCACGCGAACGAAUGAGUCAUUAGACGAGACGAGCAGCAGGCACAGACAAGCAGCCGAGCGUCGCGCUCUUAAGCGCUGCUGCUGCUGCAGCACCGCCGCCCACCCAUCAUCAGCACCUCAAGCACGCUCAGCACACAAUCAGCAAUGAGCUCCUCUGCCUUUCCGCGCUCCCUGCCCGCGCCGCGGCAGGCGUUCGAGGUCGACACGUCGUUGGACCGCCUGCCCGUCGACGACGUGUGGGACUGGCUCCACACCAAGGCGUACUGGCAGCGGCAGCGCACGCGCCAGCAGUUUGAGCAGCAGCUGCGCUCCGCACAUCUGUGCUUCGCCGUCUACGACACGUCGCGCGCCGCCGACGAGCUCGUGGGCUUUGCACGCGUGGUGGGCGAUGGCGUCGCGCUGGCGUAUCUGGCCGACGUCUUCAUCCUCGAACAGUACCGCUCGCAAGGCCUCGGCACGCCGUUCAUGCGCAUCAUCCUCGACGAAGACGGUCGCAAGCAGGUGCGGGCACUGAGACCGUGGGGGGUGCUGCCCGUAGCUGACAAGCGCCCGGGCAGUGGCGCUGGCUGCUGCAUGCCAACAUCGCCGAGUCGUGGUAUCAGCAGGUGCGCGCCCUCCUGGUCUUAGUGGUG